GCUGGUUCACCAUGGAUAUUAGUAAUAUUUUUGUUCAUUUCAUACUUUCACUGGUCUUGCUCCUAAGUGAUUUCGCCGAAAGUGAUGAUCCAAGAUUCGUACCAAAAGCUGAGCGCGAACAACCCGUGCUAAUCGAUUUCGGCACCACCGGUCAGCAUCAUGACCAGGGAAAGGACAUCGUGGCCAUGUUGCGGCUACGCGGACUGGCGGAACGACUCAGUAGCCGGAUCGAAACGACCCGGGCGGAGAUCUUCAACGCGUUGGGCGCGCUGGAUUCGCGGGGAAGACUGCCCGACCAAGUGCGUUUCGUUCAGAUACAAACCGAGGACAACACCCGAGGGCUGGUCAUAUGGACCUCUAACGGGUUCUACGUGUCACUGAAGUUCGUCCUGCUGCUGCACUUGGUGGUACUGGCCGUACUGGGGCUGCUGUGUCUGCCAAGAUCGGAACAGAAACAGACUUCGACGACGGAGUCGCAGAUGCAAAUCAUUAGCUCGAAGAGUAUCGAAGUGUAACGGGACAUGUUGAAUAUCAACUGGUUCAACAAGGUGUUUUGUUAGAAUUUUAAUUUCUGUAAAAUA